GGGGAGGGCGGGGAAGGCUUCGCCGGGCGCGCACGGCGCGGGCUGUCAGCGGCGCGGGGCUGCAGGUAGGUGACGGGCGGGGGGGCGGUUGCCAUGGAUACGCGCCGCGCCCCCCUCCCCGCUCCCAUCGGCGUCACCGGGCCCCGCUCCCCGCGGUUCUCCCCCCGCCGCGCUCCCGGCCCCCUUUCGUCUCCUUCGGAUCCCGCUGAGCCGCGUCCCGGCGGGGUGCGGGGCGGCCCCGGGAGCGGCCUCCGCGGUAGGAGCUCGGAACGCGCGCGGUCCGAAAGCGAACGCAGCGCCUUCGUCACGGGACGCGCUCCUCCCGCACGCCGCUCCGCACUCGGGGCCGUCCCAGCGCCGCGCUGCGGCCUGCGGGGAGCGGGGGGGGGGGGAAGGGGGGGGAACGCGGGCACCCAGCGGGCUCCGGAGCCCCGACCCGCGGCCCGGCACCGCCCGGACUGCUGCGUGGUGCCGAGAGGAGCGGCGGGUGCUGUCAGAGCAUGACGGUGCAGUCUGCGGGCUCAGCCGGCCGGGUGCUGCUGGGCGGUUGUUUGUAGGCGCAGGUUGCGAACGGAGCGCUGCGAGGAUCGGUUGGUAGCGCUCGUUUGAGGUCUCAGCGAGCUGGCUUUUUUUGUUUGUUUGUUUUUCAGCCCUGCCUUCCCAAGGGCUCUUUUGUUGCUUUCUGAUAAAAAUCAGCGAGAAAAUCGGAAUUGGAGGUGUUUUUUUCCCUUCCUGGAGUUGCCCUGUGAACGUCUCAGCGUGUGUCUGUCCGCAGCUCCCCUUCCCCCGCUGUGUUUGGGUCAGGGAUAUCCCCGUCCUGCUCCAAACCAAGGGCAGUUUUACCUGACCUGCAGCUUUGUUGGCCGUGGCAGCACACCCUGAGCCCACAGCUGUGGAGUUUGGGUCUGAUUAAAGGGGCAAAGGCUGAAAAGAACGUCGUGAACUGCUGCCCGUUCCGCUCCGAGUCCUCUGUGGGAGACCUCACUCUGUCUGAGUGCCCAUCACUACCACCCCGUGUGUGCACAAUGGGCACAGACGUGUUGUGCUGUAGUCCUGCAGCUCAACGAGGCCGAAGCAGGUCCGUGUUGGGAUAGGAGAGGUUUCCUGCUGUAGGACGUAGUGCUGUUUGCUUGCUGAGUGCUACUCUUCCACUGCUGAAUCAGUGCUGAGCUGACGGCGUCUUCUCGUUCUGUAGAGGUUCCAGCUUCAAACAGGGUACGAAAGCAAAGUUGUUCUGGGGCAUGAUGGAGCUUUUGGCAUUUUACCACAGAGUAGGAGAGUGUCCUGGCCAAAUUCCAACCUGGGUAAUUACAUUCUGCUGACUGAAAAUGAGCAGCGGCGAUUGCUGCCUUUCACUGCCGGGCGAAGCACACAUAGGCUUGAAUUUGUGAAGCAACGACGGGUAAAGCAGAACAACUCGGGCUUACAGAAACACCACUGCAACUCUCACAGCUUGUUCCUGAAGGCCUUGUGAGGCUCGUCAGGCUGCUGUUGCAUUCCUGCCCAUGCCAGCAGCCCAGCUGCUGGGGCACCGCCUGCAGUGGCUGUAAGGCGUUGCAGGACGGCCUUCAGAGCAGCGGUGCUCUUUGCGUCACACCUCCACACUCCCACACAUGAAGCGAGGAAGCAAACAGAACAGGAGAAAAAGCAGUAAUAAACCAAUGUCCCGGUCCUAAAUUGCUGUGGCAGCGCUGCUGGGGCUGACCUGUGGUUGGCAUUCUGCUUUCAGAAAGGCUGAGCGAGCCUUUGGUUCCGAAAGGUAGAGAACCACAGUGCAUGGCGUAGAAGGCAACAUGGAGGUGUGUUUCCUGUUCUGUCUGUAUAACCGUAUUUUUCUCUCCCUGACCUUCCCUGCUUUAUUUUGUACCCAGAUGUUCUUCCCUCUGUCUGAAACAUGCCUUGUAACUCCACACGCUUUCGGAAGAUCACUGUGUUUCGCUGGGAUAGGAAUGUUGCAUCUGCUUCAUAGCAGGAAGAUGUUACGUGUAUUGCAGCUUAAUUCUGUUCUACUUUAAACCUAGAUAAAGAAUGAAGACUGUCCGUACCAUUUUGAUUACCUCUCCUAGGGUUCAAAGAGAGAAUCACUUUCCCAGACCUCCACUUGCUAAUGGCUCAGCUUGAUCUAAGCGGUGUACAGACAAACCUGCUGAUAAACCAAAACCCUUUUGGGAAGAGCCACCUCAAUGUCCCCAAUCCCAUUCCUCCCGCUGGUGCCGUUGGCUCUUGGUAAGCACCUGAAGUCUGAACCACAUGGAGCGAUGGGAGCUGCUCAUGAGAAGACCGUGUGAGUGUGGACCACCACGCUGCUGUGCCCACAGGGGAUGAGGGGAAGGACCCCGCACCAUGACAGCUCCGCGAGUUCCCAGUGUGAGAGUCCAGCACAUGGAGUCUCACGCUUUGUCUCCAGAUUGAUCUCCGUUCUCCUUAAGCUAAUUUCACCUGUUGUCACAAGUUUUGCUUUUGGGAUUUAGACCGUCGGUAACCACAGAACUCCUGCCUCUGUCACGUCCUCUUUUUUUUUUCUUGGCCACCCCCCCUCCACCCCCCCCAUCAUUUUACACGAAGACUGUUAGUAGGACUGUUAGCGGAAUAAGCAAAGCCAAUCUUCACAGGGUUUAACCGUGCACCUAUAGCACCUUUUGGCCCAGAAUGCCUUACAAACACCGCUCGGCACACGCCUCCCACUGUACAACCUGCCCAGAGACCUCCUUCCACCCGGCCGCCACCUUAACAUCCCAGAGCCACUUCUAGGGACGUUUCGGCGCGUAGCAUCUCCCACCGUAGGCCGGCCGCCCCCCGAGGUGCCUUUCAGGUCCCGGAGCUCUCCCCACGGAUGUCCUGGGAGCGAAGGAGCCCCGCGUGCUGAUGCCUCACGCCUGCCGGAGCGCGGAGGAGUGACAGGGGAUGGCAGAAGGAGGGCACGCCGGCGCUCCCCCCGUGCGGCUGUGGGUGCGACGCGUAGGUGUGUACUGCGAUGAGCACCGCAAAACGUGGCUCGUGGCUGCGGAAGAGGCAAGUGUCCUUUGGGCUUCGCCGGGAUUGUAGCUUUGCUGUCGCAGGUGCCCCUCCUGCGUUGCCAGUAACUGCCUCCUCUCUUUGUUGCUUUCCACCAGGAGGAAGGUAUGCUGAGGGCUCGGAUCCAAAGAGUUCAGGUUCCCCUGGGUGAGGCGCUGCGACCCAGCCAGCUCCCCCCAUCCCGGCUGCCUCACAUGUGGCAGCUGUCCCAGGGUGAGCAGUACAGGGAUAGUAACUCUCGCGUUUGGGAGAUAGAGCACCAUCUCAUGGUAAGGAUGGUGGCGACAAUAGACCAUAGUCAUUCCUGUUUGUGAAGUCAUUUGAGAUCCUUGAGGGACGGCAGAGGACUGUUAUUGUAUUGAAGUCCAGUAGCUCUCAGCCACAGUAACUGCAGCCGUAUUGAACUUUUCCUUGUCGCUUACAGCUCGGUGGUGUUGAAGAACUGCUGCUUAAACUCGUGCCUGGUGAUUAAUCUGGAGCAGUGGCUCUAGGAAGAUGUCCUUGUAUGUUUUGUACAAUAAAUGAUUCUCUCUCCACUGAAAUGCGGCCACCCCUGAGGUGGAAGCGGUUAAACAACACACAGCAACAUCACAUGAGUUUAGGACAGGCAGUGAAGAGGAGUAUCGUGUCCAAUUGAAACGUCAGGGGGAGUUCUAGUUCUCUGAACAUGUCCCAGAAGGAUCCCUGCCAGAAACAAGCCUGUGAAAUACAGAAAUGCUUGCAAGCGAACAACUACAUGGAGUCUAAGUGCGAAGCUGUGCUUCGGGAGAUGAGGAAGUGCUGCGCCCGGUACCCCGAGGGCAGAUCCAUCUGUUGUUCAGGUUUUGAGAAGGAAGAGAGAGAAAAGCGUAAAGCUGCUUCAGAAGGAAUUCCCCCACCACCUCAGUAAUACAAAGCAGCUCCAGCAGGUGCCAGAGCACGGACUCACCUGCGGAGCUCAGGUGUGUGUUUUUGAGCCUUCUCUAGACUUUCUGGAAAGCCAGAGGGCUCCUAGAACACAGCACCCCGUGCACCAAAAAGCAUAACGCAGUACCAAGAGAUGGCCUGGUUAACAGACUUUAUUUUCUGUACCAAAACUUCAUCUACGUUGUCCUUGCAUUGCAUCCGUGUCUGUGAAAAAUCAAUCCGAUGUGUUUAGAAUGCUUACCUUACUCUAACCCAUCCUUGCUCUCAAAACGGAGGGCUGGAACCAAGUUACUGUGGCUUCUGGAGGGGGAGGUACAGGAAAUGUGCUCUUAAGAGUGAGCUUAAGCGUGACACAUGAAAACAAAGUCCAUUUUGACACAGCAAAGGCAUUGCUGCCGUCGGGCAGCAGUUCCAGGCAACAUUCACCUGUCCAGUGGUUCAAGCUCAAGAAGGGGAAUCGGGUCUGGGUUUGUUCCCAGGUCUUGCAUAGCUCACGGUGGCCACGCGUCACUCUGCCUAAGUGCCUCACUUUCCCACUGGACAGAGUUUAGAUGGCUUUCUAUUUGAAUUGCCUACACGCUGCUAUUUGCAUGACAAUAAAGAUGUUACAGGAACAUUAUUUCAGGGAUUGCUACAGGAAUAGGAUCUUUUUUUUAAAAAAAAAAAAAAAAGAAAGAAAAAGCAAUAUUUGUUUGGAAAUCCUGACUGUUGAUAUAAAAUUUAUAAAUUUCUGUAUAAUUGAAGACCUUUAAGCAAUAUGUUACCAAUCCGGCAUAUCUCGGUGUGCUGGAACCCAGAGGCCUAUCACAAAGCCCUGGGCUAGAUCCAAGAACCGAUUUAGGUGCCACUUCUGAACACACAGUUGUAGGCACCCUCUGUCAGUACAGCACUUCAGACUCACACACAAUCCAAUCCGUCCGUGUCUGGACCCCAGGGAGAGAUGGCUCUUCGGAAACUCUCACCUGUGCAGCAGAAUUUCCUGUGACCUGUAGGAAGAGCUCAGUAGUCAGGUUCCUGCAUCACCCUUCAGUGCUGCCUCUGUCUCUCCGUCCACUGUAGCAGGAGUCCAGGCACCUCAGUGGGUGCCAAGUCCAUUGCAGGGCCCAGGCACCGAAACACCAGACUUCGAACCCACUAGGCUCCUAACUCUGUCAUUAGAUCUAGCCGCAAAGGACUUUUGUGCUGUGAUAAUUAACUACGAAAUACAGCUUCUAUAAACAGACCACUGUAGUCUAGGCACAAUAGUUGAGUGUAUUGAAGCCUAGAACGGCAAACCAUCCGUACUCGCUGCUCUGAAAUACCAUAACACGAAAUAAAUGACUGGAACAAA